UCUGGCAGUGGUCCCUCUGUCACUGAGCUGAACAGCUGCUGCAGUUCUGUGUCUCGACGACAUUUAACUAAAAGCGGGCGCCAUGGGAGAGUGGGGGUUCCUGUCGAAGCUGCUGGAUAAGGUCCAGUCUCACUCCACUGUGGUGGGCAAAGUGUGGCUCAGCGUCCUCUUCAUCUUCAGGAUCAUGAUCCUCGGGGCGGGAGCAGAGAAGGUAUGGAGCGAUGAGCAGUCCAAAAUGGUGUGCAACACAAAGCAGCCUGGUUGUAAGAAUGUGUGCUACGACCAGGCCUUCCCCAUCUCUCACAUCCGCUUCUGGGUCCUCCAGAUCAUCUUCGUCUCCAGUCCUACCCUCAUCUACCUCGGUCAUGUCAUGCAUGUUAUCCACAAGGAGAACAAACUGCGAGAAUACAUGCAGAGCCACUCUCGCAGUGAAAUAGUCAAAGUCCCUAAGUAUUCAGACGACAAAGGGCACGUGGACAUCAAAGGAAACCUACUUGGCAACUACAUGACGUCCAUAUUUUUCCGAAUUCUCCUCGAGGUGGCGUUCAUCAUAGGGCAAUAUUAUCUCUAUGGGUUUGUCAUGCAGCCACUGAUUGUCUGCAAACGUGACCCAUGCCCAUUCACCGUGGAGUGCUUUAUGUCUCGUCCCACGGAAAAAUCUAUAUUUAUAAUCUUUAUGUUAGCAGUGGCGUGCGUCUCCCUGGUGCUAAACGUGAUGGAGAUCUUCUACUUGGCCUGUGCCCGCUCCAAGAAAAGAUCAAGAACUGUGGACGCGUCCGCCCUGACCCUCAACCCGCGUUUCCAUGGCAACAGCCUCACGCAGAACGAGAAGAUGAGUCUCACAGAUGUCAGCCACAGCAAAGCAUAACAUUUUACUCCCUAUUUUAGAAGAUAUGCACGCAAACAUUUCAAGGUCAUUCUUUUUGAAAUGUUUAAAUAAUUAUUUCUGGGCUGAAAAUAUGUGUUUGUGUGAAUUUGAUUAAUAGCUUAUUGAUAUUUUUUGUAAGGAAAGGGCUGUUUAAAACCUAAAUCAAGACAAAUGUGUGGG